AUGAACGUUUCCCAUAUUUUUUAUAUCAUCAUGCUGAUACUUGUAGAAUCCGAUUGCGGACGGGUUCGCAAAGUCCCCAUUAGUGAGAAUCGAUCAGACACUCAUCGUACCGAAAGUGGAAGCUGUCGUGGGGCUUUACCUAGUGCCCAGAAAAAGACCAUUGAAAAAGCAAGCAACAUCGCGCAGAAAGCGGCGCAAGAAGCAAAAGCCGCGUCUGAAGCACAGAAUAUCGCUGGUCAACAAGCAGCGCAUCAAGUAAAAGCUCAACUGGCGGAAAAGGCGGUCCAAGCUGCAAAAGCCGCUGAAGCGGCCUUAUCAGGUAAGGAAGUGAUGGUUGAACAGCUGCUAGAAGAAGUGAAGGAAGCGCGAGCAGUGGUUCAGGAAGAAACGGCUUCUUUGCAACAAGCGCAGGCUAACGUCAAUGCUGCAAUGCAGGCAGCGCGACAAUCGCAAGACCAGUUGAAGACAUUGACGAACGCAAUGCGUACAGCGAAAUCGAACGCGGCAAAUGCGCAGGCGGCCGCUGCCGGAGCGCAAAAAGCCCUACGAGAGAAAGAGGAACUAUUAGAGGCGGCCAAGAGACGAGUGGAAGAAUUAUCAAGUCAAUUACGAAAUGCCCGACAGGAUCUCUUGAACACGAGUCGUGCAGCAGCCAAAGCUAACGCUUCUGCGCACGAAGCGAAAAUGAAUGCUAGAAACAAAAGGAGAUUGGCGAAUCUUAGGAGAUUGCGAACACACCUAACUGCGGCGCGAGCUACUUCUUGAGAUGAGAC